AUGGUGUCGCAUAAGUGUGUAGAAGAAUUUGGAUACAGAGGCUACGAGUUACCUCCCAAUGCUAGAGCUCCCAGAUCAGCUAGGAAGAAGCGCAGUUUCGAGAAGAUAUGUGAAGAUGAUGAUCAAAUGUGCCCAAUCGAUUUAUUGGCCACCGUAGCUGGAAACUUGCUGUUUGAGAGCGGAAGUUCUCUCAUGUCGAUUGACAAACCUGUUAAUGGAAUUGAAGAUAACUGUGUAGUUGCACAAACUAGUGUAAAGGAGGAGUUCGAAGAGGAAGAAAAACCCGUAAAGCCAGUAACUUUAUCCGAUGAUAGUCCUUAUCAGGAAUCUUUGAGCCAUUGCGGAUUCAGUUCCGUGAUAAGUGGCAAAGUAGAGAAUGAGGCAGAGAGUUUUAGUAACUCAGGUCGUAGUGAUUCUUGUCAAGUGGAGGACUUCAGUCAGGAUCUAAAACCGGGUAUAGAUGGCGAUGCAGUAGUACUUGAUGCGAGACCUAAUAUUGUAGCUAGUUUAGGUAGUUGUAGUAGAACCGAACUGCCAACGGUUGGGAAUGUUCCUUCCCAUGGCGUUCGAGAUGAUGUAAAUAUGUUUAGUAGAGAUGAUGAUGAAAACUUUUCUGGGUAUAUUUGCCCUCGUGUGAACAAAAAACCACCUAGGACUGUGCCACGUAUUGGGGACAGAAGGAUCAGGAAGAUAUUGGCUUCUAGACAUUGGAAAGGAGGUUCAAGACAUGCAGAUGUGAAACCUUGGAGAAAUCAUUACUUGAACCAUCAGAGGAACUAUCCUAUCAAGAUAAGAAGAAACUUUGACCACAUUUCUGAUUCAAUUUCUGAUGAUUAUCGUUUGCGCACAAAGAUCCAUAGAGGCAGCAGAACGAUUUCUUCGAGGAAAGGUCAAGGUGCAUCGUUUGUGUCAAGCGACUCUCAGGUGAAACUGCGGAUCAAAUCGUUCAGGGUGCCUGAGCUUUUCGUAGAGAUUCCAGAAACUGCUACUGUUGGCUCCUUGAAGCGAAUGGUGAUGGAAGCAGUGAGCACUUUAUUGAGUGAUGGACACCGAGUUGGUCUGAUGGUUCAGGGGAAGAAAGUCCGAGACGAUAACAAAACCCUUUAUCAGACCGGGAUCUCUCAGGAUAACACCCACUUGGACUCUCUUGAUUUCAGCCUUGAACCCAGCUCUGAAGCGCCUCAACUUUUAACUAGUUACCCGCUGGGGCAAGCCUGCGAGGAGCUGCUGCCUGUGUGCAAUGCUUCUAACAUAGACAAUGUGUUGGAAUCUGACCAUGACUCAGCACUGUUCCCAUCUGACUCAUUUGGCAAGAAAAGCGCGGCAGAUGAAUCUAAACCUCUGGUUCCUGUCGCGCGCACUGAUAUGUCUCACCAACAACCUUGUCGUAGAUCUAAAAGGAGUGAACAACAGCAGACUGCACACCGCAGAAUCCGUCGACCUUUCUCAGUUUCUGAGGUAGAAGCACUUGUUCUAGCAGUUGAGAAACUCGGUACUGGAAGGUGGAGAGAAGUUAAGAUCUGUGCUUUCGAAGAUGCAGAUCACCGCACUUACGUUGAUCUCAAGGACAAAUGGAAAACACUGGUCCAUACGGCUAAGAUUUCUCCACAACAGAGGAGAGGAGAGCCAGUGCCGCAGGAACUUCUAGACCGAGUGUUGAACGCACAUGGCUACUGGUCGCAGCAGCAUGAGAGUAAGAACAAGCAGCAGCAAGAGACAGUGAGUCAGGCAGAGGCUCUGCUUCAGCUCUAA